UGCACGCUCUCCUCUCUGCGCUGCUGCCUCGGGGGGAGAAUACAUUCUAUCAAAAACAACCCCACAAGAGGAGGUGUGCUGUUCCAGACAGAGAGGGCUCUGAGAUGACCACCGACGUGUGGGACCCGCUGUAAGGACCUCGGCGCGAUGGCCCUGCAGCGCGUCCUCAGACCGUGCGCCGGCCCGGGCGCCAGAACAACAGGGCCACCCAGUGUUUAGACAGGAGAGUAAUGGAAUAUGAGGAGCCCGACGUCCCCCCCGCUGGGAGCCCCCUCAAAAGAGGAGGAGUUGUGUCCAAGAAGACUCAUUUGACUCAGAUCGAGGUUAUCCCGUGUAAAAUCUGUGGGGAUAAAUCCUCUGGAGUGCAUUAUGGAGUCAUCACCUGUGAGGGCUGCAAGGGAUUUUUCCGGCGUAGCCAGCUGCCUACUGUAUCCUACUCCUGCUCCCGGCAGAACAACUGUCAGAUCGACCGGGCAAGCCGCAACCGCUGCCAACACUGCCGUCUCCAGAAGUGCUUAGCGAAGGGCAUGAGCAGAGACGCUGUGAAGUUUGGACGGAUGUCCAAACGUCAGCGUGACUCUCUGAUUGCUGAAGUGGAGCGGCAUCGGCAGCAGCAGCAGCAGCAGCAGCAGCAGCUUCAGGGGGAGGCCCAGUCUCUCUUGUCCUUCCCCACCAAGGCCCAUCAAGACCGCUCCCACCAUCUCCUCCAGCCCAUGGCCUCAGCUUACUCGUUCACCGGGGAGGCCGAGCUGCUGUCCUUCAACGCUGAUGUUCACCCUUACCUGGUGUGCUCCCCUAACGAGUCGCAGGUGUCGGGUGUGAUCUACCGAGGCUCCGGUGGGUCUCCCACAUCGAGACCCCAGGGGAGGGGGGACAACAGUGGACACCUUGACAUAAGAGGGUUCGACUCCAGACAGCCAUCUCAUGAUCUUGAGGGGGUUCAUCCCUACAACCCUUUGGAGGAUCCUUACAGCCUCUAUUCUCACUCUCUGAGGAAUAUAGAUGAGCUGUGUGCCAGCAUUGUGCGCUCCCACAAAGAGACCAGCCAGUGCAGAGUGGAGGAGCUGCAGGCUCUCAGAUGGAAACUGCUCAGCAGAGAGGAGAUCCAAGUCUACCAGAGCAAAUCGGUGGAUGAGAUGUGGCAGCACUGCGCUAUCAGACUGACUGAUGCCGUUCAGUAUGUGGUGGAGUUCGCAAAACACAUCCCAGGUUUUCGUUUGCUUAGCCAGAACGACCAGAUUGCUCUCCUGAAGACCGGCUCCAUGGAGGUGGUUCUGAUCAGGAUGAGUCGCUUCUUCAACACAGAGAACAACACCGUCUUCUUCGAUGGGAAAUUUGCUGGGGCUGAAAUCUUCAAGUCUUUGGCAUGUGGUGAUUUAAUCACAGCAGUGUUUGACUUUGCUCACGGUAUGUGUGAUCUAAAGCUUACGGAGCAGCAGAUUGCUCUCUUCAGUGCUCUCGUGCUCAUCAACACAGAUCGUCCAUGUCUGGAGGACAGAAGCAGAGUUCAGCGAGUGCAAAGAAGCGUGGAGUUCGGACUCACACACAUUCUACACCGAGACAACCAAGAAAGUCUAAUGCACAAGCUGUACCAGAGGAUGUCAGUGUUGCGUUCACUGUGCAGUCUGCACAUGCAGAAGCUCCACUGGUUCAGUCAGCGCUACCCGCUCACGGCUCACUCUCUGUUCCCGCCGCUCUACAAGGAGCUGUUCGCCUCUGAAGCAGAGUUGCUCCCAGGGACCACUCAGUGAAUAACCAGUAUACACACAUUUUAAGUUUCUUCAUUAUUUCCUGACAGAAUCUAUUUUUCUAAAAAAGAAAAUAAGUGAGUAAAGAGCUUUUUGGUAGAUUGUGUCAAACAUAAAUCUCAAUAUUUUGAUAGCUUAAACCUUUUUUGAUUAUUCCAGGGAAACAUUGAGUUGUUCCUUGUUAGUGAGGCACAGCAUUCAUUUUCUCAGGAUACGUGUUAUUGUGAGUCACAGUAAAUGUGUGUCACAGGACGUUUGGACGCAGGGUACAAAUCGUUGUCAGCUGAAACUGAAAAUAAUAGUCCACCCAAAAUCUGUCUAUGGAGUUUAAAACACGGACCUCCUGUAGAGUUAAAAGGUGACUUUGCAGAUAGUCCAGGACCAGCUAGAUAAAACAAUAAGGUAUUAAAACCAAUUUAGACAGAAAGAAAGAAUAAUUUAGUAAUAACAAAUGUGCAGGCACAGCCAAAAAAAGAAAGAAGAUUAUUACCACACGUCUUGAGAAGUAAACAUCAUAUUCCAGGAGCAAAAUAACAACAUUAAGCAAUAAAAACAAUGAACAUAUGUGCACACCCAAUUCAACAGCACUGUUAAAAUAAUUAGCUUGAAACAACUGUCUAUUUGUGUGCUCAAUAUGCCCCAAAAUAUCCAGAGGUACUCAGAAGCCUUUCAAAAUAGGCUACACCAACAUAUUGUAUACACAUUUGAAAGGUAAAGUGUAACUUCAGCCCCAGGUCUGUCUGAGCCGGACACCCACUGCAUCAUUGACAAAUGCUGAAGCGUGGACACAGUUGAUGUGAGUUGCUUGGUGACAUUUCCUUGUAAACAGGAUUGGCUUUGCAAGGUUCAGGGCUGAUCUGAAACGGUAGAUGACAUUUUGAGCCAGGUUCAGCCCAUGAAAUGCAGAUUUUUACAAAAUUGGUAAGGAAUUUAAAUAUUUAAACCAACAUUGAUUUGCUUCAUCACAGUAGUCACUUUAUUUAGUUUACAGCUCAAUAACACAUCUAAGUGUGCAGCAUCUCUUUAAUAUAUUGCAUAGCAAGUAUUCCCUACAAAACAUGAAAUAUUGGUGGUUAUAAAUUCUACACAUCCAGACAACAAUAAACAACCUGCCUCUUUGUUUCUGUAUGUCUGUAGAGAAAUGUCUCUCCUCAGGUUGAUCUUGUCAGAUUGACUAAGAAAUCCUAAAAGCAGCAGUACCUCUUAAGUGUUAUUCUCUGUGUUUUAAUAUGGCGUUUUAUAUCUUUUGAGCUUUGGAAAUGUGUUGCAUUAAAUGUAGGAAUUUAAUUAAAAAUGUGAGAGAUACAGUAGAAGUCUCUUCCUCUGUGUGCAAACUUUUCCUUUUUUCCAGAUUAACUUGCAUAUGUUUUUCUUUCAUAUCUUUCAUAUCUGUAUGUCCGGAUGUAGUCCUCUCUGUUGCUGGAAUGGCUGAGGUUAUAAUGAAGAAAAUUUCAUGUAAAUGUUCUAAUAAACUGCUGAGGCUGUAAUAACAAGCA